AUGAAAGGUGAACCUUCUAAAAGGCUUAGAUGCACCAAAUCAUCCGUCCGACGUCGUAGGCCUAGGUCCCCAUCCCCGUCACCUCCACCUAGGUCCCUAUCACCACAACCCAACCGGGCUCAUGGUGGUGUCGUGUGUCUUGGCCCAAUUCAAGAGGGCCAAUUUGAUUCAUUUCUUCAGCGAGUUUAUUUAGACCAUGGGAUCCUCUACUUCCAUCUCAUCAUUCAAGAUUAUGAGAUUUCCUUGGAUCAAAUUAAUGCCAUUGUUGGGGCCCCAACUGAACACACAUUUGGCCCCACUAACCCAAUUAGAGGAUACUUUGAUAUGACAUGGUGGACCCAACUCACACAGUUACACCCAUACGUCUCUAGCGCUGCUAAAGCCUCAUCACUUAUCCAUCCCUUGAUGAAGGUGGCCCAUAGAAUCAUUGCUUCGCUCGUCGCCCCUAGAAAGGAGCAAAGCACCAUCAAUCCGCUGGAGCUCAAAAUCCUUUAUGUAAUGGCUCAUCCCGAGGACAACCACAUUCCUCAUUAUGGUUGCACAUCCGAUCGGGAAAGAUUUAUUGAGGGGGUAUUGUCAGCAUGCUCGCCAAGAUUGCCCAAGUCCAAGCCCCAUACCCCGACCCCUAACAGCCAUUGCUGGGUGAGUCUUAUCUCAGCACUGUUGUCCAUGAGUCCAUGCGACUAUUUCGUUUGGUAG